ACAACUGCCGUGUGCUUCGGACUUCUGUCCUUAAAGUUGUCGUUAUCAGGUGCUUAUCGCCACCAGCCUGCUCGUAAUUAGUACCUCAGCUGUAGGAAGAGCGCGGGUUUGUGUUUUCCGUGUACUUCAACUUGUUGAAUAGCAGCCACCCUGCCCUCUGCGAAGAGCGCGCAGCGUUCAAGGUUCAGGAAGAUAAGGAGAGGUGAAUGGCUGACGCGUAGCUCGUGUUAUGUUACCAAAGGCUCGUAUCAGAUUACCGUUGACAGCAGGUUGGCUAGAACCAGAGCUAUAUCCAGACUGCCGGGAUUUCAACAACAAGGAAACUGGGCUGAAAAAGGCGUGUUGAAGAAGACAAAGAGACCAGCGGAGUGCUUCCUGUAUUUUUUUCAUUUGAGAAAGAGCGUUACUAUGGGUGAGAAGACACAACACAGCCUGUUGCUUCUGCUGUGUUUAUCUGGACUCCUUCACUGUUCGGCUGCUCUGGUGUUUUGGACGGCGGUGGUGGAAAUCAACUAUUUCAUCAGCCCCAACCACACUGUGGACCGAGACUGCGAAUGUGGCGUGUUUGGACGCAACUCUCCGCUCGCUCAGGCCACAGGUAUGGUCGUUCUUCCCAAGGGAGACCCGAAAGGCUGCCAACCGGAUUCUAUGUACAAUUUCAGUGCGUCACCCUGGAUAGCGCUUGUUAAAAGGGGGAACUGCACUUUCAGCGAGAAGAUUAAUGCUGCCAAGCGCUACGGCGCCUCUGCUGUGGUGGUGUACAAUGUGGACGGCACUGGCAACAGCACCACCCACAUGGCCCACUCGGACGCUCUAGAUGUUGUGUCCAUCAUGAUCGGCAACAUUCAAGGCAUGGAGAUUGCCAGCCUGGUGAAGAACGGAACACAAGUGCGGAUGUUGAUAGACGCGGGCAGCCCUCACGGCCCCUGGAUGGACACCUACUGGCUUUACUUCAUGUCCAUCGCUUUCUUCAUAGUCACAGCCGCCUCUGUGGCCUACUUCUUGUUUAUCUCUGCCAAUCGUCUCCACAACCUGCGCACGCACCGGCGUGCUGAGAGGAAGCUGAAAUCCGAGGCCAAGAAGGCCAUCGGGCAUUUACAGGUGCGCACGCUGAAGAGAGACGACAAGGAAACGAUCGGUGACCAUUACUUGUGUGCCGUGUGCAUUGAGUCCUACAAGGCGAGCGAGGUUGUGACGGUGCUCACAUGCGACCACAUUUUCCACAAAGCCUGCAUCGAGCCCUGGUUGCUGGAGAAAAGGACCUGCCCCAUGUGCAAGUGCGACAUCCUUAAGGCCCUGGGAGUUGAUGCGGAGGAAAAAGAGAGCAUGGCUCAAGCUUCGCCACAAGAGGUCACAGUCAUCACAGUAGCAGGAGGAGAGGCCAUGUAUGAGGUCCCACUCACUGGCCCUCUGAGCAGUGACCCCGAGAGGCAUCAGCGUCACUAUGACAACAGGGCCUUUGAGGAAGAGCCUGCUGCCAGAGCACAGUGACAUGACAGAGCGAUUUAGUCAAAUCAGCAGUUUAAAAUCAAAAUGCUUUUUUGGACGCAAUUGUUAUUAUUAUUGCACUUUUUGGAGUCUCCCUCACAGGAUGUCUUCAAAUUGAUUGUACAAAUCAUGAUGGAACUGCACAUUGUGUAAUUAGAUUAGAUGCCAAUUAUGGGUGUGUUCAUCAAGGCGAGUUGAGGCGAGCGCAGUUUUGCUUUGCUUUCUUCGAGGAGGAAGAGCAACAAAGACAUUUGUUUAUCUGUUCUGGUCAAAUUGUAGUCUUCCAAAUGCCACUUUUUUGAGAAAAAAAAAACAACAACAAAAAACGUGUUUAUUUCCUAAUCAUAGUCAUAGAAUGACUUAAAUGUCAAAUUGCACAGGUUGUGUAGCACAGGCUGGUGGACACACCCUCGGCUGAAAAUACAGUAUGACGCAUUGUAUCACGAGAAGUAGACAACAUCACCCGAGGGACUUGUGGAAACUGCUUACUAACUAAGUCGAUAUAGGUACAUGUUUAUCAUAUUCUGUACUGUAUCAAGUUACGUUUGCUAUUUCCUUGUUGAUUCCAGUCACAACCUGAAAUCCCCAUCAUAAUAGGACUAAUAAAGCUGCGAUAACA